UCUACUUCCUCAAAGCCACUCCAUUCUAGCAUCUUCCCUUCCCAAUAUGUCAGCUGCCGGAUUCUGUUUCAUUUUAGCUACAGUCACUUCAACUUCCCUAUUGGCUUCUGUCCCUGUGUCUGCAUUUGUAGAAGAUUUGGAUGACUCAUUUAAAGAAAACAGAAAGGAUGAUAUCUGGCUUGUUGAUUUUUAUGCACCUUGGUGUGGUCAUUGUAAGAAGCUUGAACCCGUCUGGAAUGACGUUGGUAUUGAAAUAAGGAGUAGCGGCUCACCCAUUCGAGUUGGAAAAAUGGAUGCUACGGUUCACUCAAGUAUUGCUUCAGAAUUUGGAGUCAGAGGAUUUCCAACAAUAAAGGUGUUGAAAGGGGAUAUGGCUUAUAACUACAGAGGUCCAAGAACAAAGGAGGAUAUAGUUGAGUUUGCAAACAGAGUUGCUGGGCCAGUAAUCCGUCCACUUCCCAGCCAACAGAUGUUUGAUCAUGUUCAAAAACGUCAUCCAGUACUUUUUGUAUAUGUUGGUGUAGACUCAACGCUAAAGGAAAAAUUCAUUGAAGUUGCUUCAGAACUCAUUGUGUACACAUACUUCUUCUCAGCAUCAGAGGAUGUUUUGCCUAAGUAUGUUACACUAAAUGAGGUCCCGGCAGUUCUUGUUUUUAAAGACUCCACAUAUUUUGUUUAUGAUGAAUAUGAAGAUGGAGAUUUAUCAAGUUGGGUGAAUAAGGAGAGAUUUGAAGGAUAUCUUCAUAUAGAUGGAUUUACAUUGUAUGAACUCGGUGAUACAGGAAAACUGGUGGCUGUUGCAGUUAUAGAUGAAAAGAACAAUUCCAUUGAACAUACAAGAUUGAAAUCAGUUGCUCAAGAUGUAGCAAAAAACUACAGGGAUCAUGUUCAUAGAGACUUCCAGUUUGGGCACAUGGACGGGAAUGACUACAUAAACAGUUUAUUAAUGGAUGAACUCAGUAUCCCCACUUUUGUUGUUCUUAACACAUCAAAUCAGCAAUAUUUUCUGCCAAGCAAGCAAAUUGAAAACACUGAAGAAAUGAUUCAGUUUAUUAAUAGUAUUCUGGAUGGUACAGCUGAGGCUCAAGGAGGCGAUGGGAUAUUGCAGAGAAUCAAGAGGGUUUUUUAUGAUGCCAAGUCCACAGUGGUUUCAGUCUUCAAGAGUUCACCCCUGCUUGGCUGCUUUCUCUUUGGUCUGCCACUGGGUGUCAUCAGUAUAAUGUGUUACGGAAUCUGUACAGCCGACACUGAAGAUGGUUCGGAAGAAAUGACCAGAAAGGAUGUAAUAGAUCAGAAUGGAUCCGACGAGGGCAGCGACGAAGAGGAAGAGAAGAGCAGAGAGAUUACAGACAUGUCGGAUGAAGAUCAACAAGAAAAGGAUUUUAUGGAAAAGAAAAUAGAUUAAUUUUUUUAAAAACAUUAAAUUACUCUAGGAAAUUCACAACAAACGUAUUUAUUUAACGGAACAACUCCAACGUAGCUUUAUUGGGAAAACCCUUGCUGACUGAUACACAAAUAUAAUUGGAUUUUUUUUUUUUUUUUUUUUUGGCAUGCAUCUGAUUUCCAAUUAAAGUCAAGGGGCAAAUGUCUGCAAGUUGGGAAAUAAAAUCUAAUAAACUGUUUUGAAACAUUAAGGUAUAGAAGCAACUUCUGAAUCAGGUGUCGCUUUUGGCUUGCUGAACUACGAGUUGUGUCGGGGCAACACUACAUAGCUAAUCCAAGUUUAUCAGUGGAUUUCUUUUACUACGAAGUACUAUGAAGAACACCAUGCUUUCUUUAUGCCAUGAAGUGAUUGCCAGUUAGUACAUAUGGCCGGGUCAUUGCCAGGAUGCUUAUGGUCAUGUCAUAAACAUGCACAGAAUGUAAAUGCCUAAAUUAAAUGUACAAUGCUUUUUUUGAUGUGGCACAAAUAAUAUAUUUUUAAUCCAAAAAAAAAAAAAAA